AUGUUCUUCAAGCGUCGCUCCCGUGCCAACAGCUACGUUGACAACGACCCCCCGCCCCGCUCCCAAUCAUACGACGACUACGAGAAGCAGCCCGAGUCUUCGCGCAACUCGCAGCCCCUCACCUCGCCCACUGACGACAAGGACAAGGACAAGGACAAGGACAUGUAUCCACGCCCGCAGGCCCCGCAAGAAGCUUAUCCACGACCGAGCAUGCAGAAUGGUGGCCACAAUGCCAUGCCCAUCAUGAACAACCCGACCCCGCCCAUGUCGGGAGGCAAGACCGAGCCCAUGCCGGAUCUGCUUGCACAGGCUUUCAACCAGGCAGUGCGGCCGUACACGGAGAAGAUCGAGCAAUUGGAGAGCCAGCUGGCCGACAUGCAGGCGUGGGUCGAGCAGUUGGAGCAGCAGCGCGCAGAGGUCCACGGCUGGAUCGACAAGCGAGGCCUGAGACCCGACGUCCCGCCCUCGAUUGCUAAAGUCAUGGACACUACUACCCCGGACGCCGCCGCCACGCUCAACGCACAGCUCGAUCGCAAGAUCACUAUCGUGAAUUUCGACCUCCACCGUCUCCAGGACGACCUCAAUGACUCCAUUUCCUCGGCCCACUUCGCCUCCGCCAUGCUCAAGUUCAUCCCCGACAUCCAGCGUCUGUCGCUGCUCCCCGCCGGCCCGCGUCACGCCUUCGAUCUUGUACUCAAGCUCGGCGGCAACCUCAACUCGCACGGCGGCCUCGACAGCGGCGACGCAGCAGACAUCGGAGCCCGUCGAGACUUCUAUGGCAGGCUAGACAAUGCCAUGGUCGAGGUCGUGCGGGGCCGCUUCGGCGAGGGCGAGGAGUGGAACGUGCAGAGGGAGAUCAAGCGCAUUGAGAAGACGGCAUCUUAUCUGCGGACGUUUGGCGUCGAGCCCUACUUCCCUGCAACUCUGGACCUCAUGAGGAGGGAAAUGGAGUUUCAGGGCCGGGGGGGUUCCGGCGCUGGAAUCCCCCCGCAAAACGCCAACGUACCAAAUGGGCAGGGAACACCGCCUCGGUAUCAUUAA